CUUUUACAAUAUCACGUUCGCAAGUAAUCGAUAUUGAUAUUAUAUCGAUAUUUUAGGCAUCUCUAAUUGUGAUUUGCAAUUUCACAUUGCCUACUUCAUACGCGCAUAUUUUUAUACAAAAUUAAAUUAAAUAUAUAUUCAGAACAUAGCUCAGCUCAGGAUAUAGCAACAAUGUCGAAUACGCAAGCGACAGUUACUGCAUACUUGGCAGCACAAAAGAAAACAACAAACAAAGAGCUCGCUGCCGAAUGGACUCUAAUUGAAGAGCUGCACAAUGAAAAGCUAUGGAACGAGCUUACGAUUAAGCUAGUUGCAUUUGUGCGCCAUGAAACUCUGCAGGACGAGAGCGCUCUACUGCAGCUGUACCAAAAUUUUAUCUCUACCUUUGAAACAAAAAUAAAUCCCUAUGGUCUGAUUCAAAUACUUGAGGUAGUCGUGGAUAAUAUCAGUGACAAAAAGGAGGCAAUCGACUUUUUGGAAAAAAUGAAGGAUAAAGUUAAAAUAUGUGAUGAAGCUGUCUGGUAUCUGCAAGUCAUGCAAGGCAACUUAUAUCUCAGCAAUCUGAACGAUCUUACUGCCACCAAGAAAAUCAUUGAAGAACUGCGUGAUGUUCUCGAAGAAGCAGGCAAUGUUACUCCCGUGCAUGGCAAAUACUAUAUGCUUGCCUCCCAAUAUUAUCGUCGUGUGGGCAAGCACAGUGAAUAUUAUCGUUGUGGCUUGCAGUUCCUGGGCUGUUCGCUGGACGACUACCCUCGCGAUCAAUGGGCGCAACAAGCUUUCUUUUUGGGGCUGGCCGCUCUAUUAGGCGAUGGCGUCUAUAACAUUGGCGAGCUAUUGGCGCAUCCCAUUUUGGAAUCACUUCAAAAUACGGAAAACGAAUGGCUGGUCGAGUUACUAAAGGCAUUCAACAUGGGCGAUAUUAAUAAAUUUAAUGAAAUGAAAAAUAUUUGGUCGAAAAUUCCCGAUUUGGCUGCGCAGGAGGUUAAACUGCGCCAAAAGAUUUCAUUGCUCUGCCUUAUGGAGAUGACUUUUAAACGUUCGGCCAUUGAGCGUGCAAUUUCCUUUGCUGACAUCGCCAAUGAAACAAAGCUGCCACCCAAAGAGGUUGAGUUUUUGAUCAUGAAGGCUCUGGCUCUAGAUCUGGUGCGCGGCGAGAUUGAUCAAGUGGCUGGGGUAGUGAACAUGUCUUGGGUGCAGCCACGUGUUUUGGACCGCACGCAAAUUGUUGGAAUGGCCAGUACACUGGACACAUGGAUGGGUGCGAUUACAAAUAUGGAAAAACUUAUGGAGAAUCGUGCUGCAGAAAUUCUCACAAAUUGAUAAGUUUUCUUUUAUUUCCAUUUGCUUUUUGUAUUAAACCAACAUGCAUAAUG